AUGGGUGUGGCGGAAAAGCGCCGGUUGAAGAAGAAGCUCGCGAAGGAGAAGAAGAAGAAUGAGAAUUCUUCGUCGGCGGCUUUGACGAAGACGACGACGACAGAGAAGGAAAAGAAGAGCAGGAAAGGAACACCGACGGUGGAGGUGGAGUACGUGGCGGCGCCGUUGGAGACGAUCUUAGAUGCGGACGUCUCGGAAGAGAUGCGGAGAGUGUUCGAGGCGUUCGUGGAGAAACCGGCGAACAAAAACGGGGAGAAGACAUUGGAAAACGAUCGAAUCCACGAGGAAAAGAAGAAGACGUUAAAGAAGAAGACAAAGAAGACAAAGAAGAAGAACGGCAACGACGACGAGAAAGAAGUUGAUGAUGAGUUCUCCUCCUCGUCUUCCGAUGAUGCGGAUUCAGACGACGACGAGAAAAACAACACCGAGGACGGAUUAACCCGAAAGCAACGAAAAGAGAUGAAAAAGUUACAAAUAGCGGACUUGAAACGAGUGUGCGAGAAACCGGAGGUGGUGGAAAUAUGGGACACGACGGCGCAAGAUCCGGAAUUUCUGGUGUAUAUUAAAGCGAGCAGAAACGCGGUGCCAGUACCGAGACAUUGGAGUCAAAAGAGAGCGUUUUUAGCCGGGAAGAGAGGGAUAGAGAAGCCGCCGUUUAAGUUGCCGGCGUUUAUCGAGGCGACCGGGAUUGCGAAGUUACGAGACUCAUACGCGGAGAGAGAGGAGCAGAAAUCGUUGAAAUCGAAAGUAAAAGACACGAAAACUGCGAAAUUGGGUCGGAUAGACAUCGACUAUCAAGUCAUGCACGAUGCAUUUUUUAAAUUUCAAACGAAACCGAAGAUGACGAAGAUGGGAGACUUGUAUUUCGAAGGCAAAGAGUACGAGAUUUCGUUAGGCGAUAGGAAACCGGGCAACUUGUCGGACGAGUUAAAAGCGGCUUUAGGGAUUGACGGGAACAACGGGCCUCCCCCGUGGUUGAUUAAUAUGCAACGGUAUGGGCCACCGCCGGCGUACCCAAAGCUACCGAUUCCUGGGUUAUCGGCGCCGAUUCCGGAAGGAGCGCAGUUUGGAUACCACCCUGGAGGAUGGGGUAAACCGCCCGUGGACGAGUACGGGAGAGCUUUGUACGGCGACGUGUUUGGUAUAAACGCGGCGAAGCAGACGGAUAGGACGAAAUACGACGAACCAGUCAUGAAAGGUGAUCACUUUUUUGGCGAGUUGGGAUCAGACGACGAGGAGAGCGAAUCCGAGGAAGAAUCCGAGGACGAGGAAGAAGCGGAAGAGGAAGAAGUAGAAGAGGAAGAAGAAGUAGCAGUAGAAGAAGAAGAAGAAGAAGAAGAAGAAGAAGAAGAAGAAGCGGAUGAACCAGAAUCGAUCGACUUGCGCAAACGCUCGUCCAAAACCACCACAACCGCGACUCGCGAGGACGAACCGAAAGAACUCUACAAAGUCCUUGGCGAAAAAGAGGCCAAAAUCGGCACCGCGCUCAUGGGUUCCGAACGCAUCUACGACGUCUCCGGAGCGGCAGCGUCGUCAAAGAAAAUCAUCGGUUCCGGCGUCGACGUCGCCAUCGCCCCGGAGGACCUCGAACACCUCGACGAAGAAGGUUUGCGCAAAGUUUUCGAAAAGCAAAAAGAAAAAGAUGUCUCCGCGCGCCGAGGCGAAGACUUCUCCGAUAUGGUCAAAGACCACACUCGGCAACAGAAACGGAAAACUGCGGACGCCGACGCCUCGAACGGAAGUGGUAAAAAAAGUAGCAGCAAAAAGUUCAAGUUUUAA